AAGUCGAAAGAUUUUAUUGUAACUUCUUCUGAAAAACAAAAUCAUGGGAAACGAUCGAAAUGGUUGUGCUUCUGUAGCUGAAGAAGAAACGAAAGACGACGACGACAUCAACAACAUAGACGACAAACUCAAAAAAUCCAAACCUAAACCCCGACAAAUGACCGGCGCCGAUUCAGAUUCCGAUUCACAGCAUAAAACUCACAGCAAACACAAAAGAAGAGAGAAACACAUCGACGAACACUCCACUUCCGAUUCUCAUUCCGAUACCGAUUCGGCAUCAGUAGAAGAAAGAGAUCACCGAAAACGAGACAAGGAGAAAAGAAGCAGCUCGAGGAAGCGGCACCGUAGUAAAAGCUACGAUUCGGAGUCCGAGUCGGAGUCGGAUUCGGGUUCGGAGGAAAGCGAAGGUGAGAGUGAGGAGGAGAGGAGGAGGAGAAGGAAGAGAAGAGAAAGGAGGAGGAGAAGAGAGAAAGAAGAGGAGAGGGAAAGGAGAAGGAAGAAAAAAGACAAGGAGAAGAAGAGGAGAAGGGAAGAGAAGGAGAAGAGGAAGAAGAAGAAAAAGAAGGAGAAACUGGAGAUAGGGAAAAGGGGAGCAGUUACUAAUUCUUGGGGCAAAUAUGGCAUCAUUAGAGAAACUGAUAUGUGGAAUAAGCGUCCGGAGUUUACUGCGUGGUUACUAGAGGUGAAACAGGUGAAUCUGGAAAGUCUGCCCAAUUGGGAAGAAAAGCAAAUGUUCAAGGAAUUCAUGGAGGACCACAACACAGCAACAUUUCCUUCUAAAAAGUUUUAUAACCUUGAUGCUUAUCACAAUCGCCAAAUGGAGAAGGAAUGGAAAAAGGGUUUUAAGAAGGUCCAAGCAACAGAGCGUACUGUUUUUAAUGACGAAGAACAGCGCAGGCAUGAACUGAUGCGAGAACGAGAAAAGCAGAAGGAACAGCAGGUGGAAGCUAUAAAGAUAUCUAUGCAGAGCGGAAUGGCACAAGCAAUGAAAGAACAAGCCCUGCUCAAAGAAGAGAUGGCUUUACAGUACAAGCUUGGGAAUUUUGAGGCGGCGGCUGCUAUUCAGAAAAGGUUGGACCCAGACAUUCCGAUGUGAAAUACUUCGCACAUUAUGAGUUGUGUUCAGAUGCCUUGUUGGUAAGCAGCUUCUACAUGCCAUGAGCUUCUUAAGAUAAAUAUGCAAACCUCCACAGAAAAAAAGGGAUCCACGCGGGGUUCUUGGUUUAGCUAUUAUAUCAUGGUCGUUUUUCCGAGUUCUUGGUUUAGAUAUCUUGUCAUUGUCAUGUUCCCAAGUUCUUAAUUUAUAGCUAUUUUAUGAUUUAUCUACUCAAAUUUUGCAGGAGCUUUAGGAAUUUAUGUUUACAUGGCCAUGAUUGGUCUUCUGCUCUAUAUCAGAUGUUAUGAAAUAGUAGAUGUACUGUAUAAUUUGGCUUAACCCAUCUAGAGGCCCCUGUACUUUACACUUUUUUUUCCGUAGGUCCUUAUACUUCAUUUUUGUAUUAUCUGGUCGUUCUACUUACCUAUUUUCGAUUUUUAGGUCCUAUUUGAGUUUUUUCCAGUCCCUCUACUUACAAAUAUUUUUUCCUCCAGUCCCUAUACUUACAAUCUUUUUUUCCUCCAGUCACACAAAAUGACUGAAAAAAACUUAAAAAGGACCUGAAAAAUAAAAAUAGGUAAGUAGAGGGAUCAGAUAAUACAAAAAUGAAGUAUAAGGACCUACGAAAAAAAAAAGUGUAAAGUACAGGGGUCUCUAGAUGGGUUUGGCCGUAUAAUUUCUCUUUAAUGAAUCCUACUCCUAGCUUCAUUUUUUUCCCA